GCCACCGUAGAAUAUGUGGCGGCAUCAACGAACAGGCACACACAUGCUGCAGACGCCUCGAGUUCCUCUCUCGUUGCCUUUGGCUCGGCAAAAUUGAUUGCUCUGUGGGAUGCAGAGGAUCCCCAUGAUCGCGGCGUUCAUGAGACACUACCAGGACAUGAAGCACUCGUCACUUCCGUGCGCUUCAUCGACGGGGCCCGCCUCAUCAGCACGGAUGACAAAGGUUGGAAGUCGACCUACACGGUGCGUGCGCACGAAAAACCCAUCUCAGCACUUGCGGUACACGGCACCUUGCUCGUGACGGGCGCGUCCGACUCCACCGUCAAAAUUUGGCGCAUCAAGCAAAACGGGCUGGAAGAAACCCAGACGAUCAAUAUCCGUGGAAAAUACCCGCUGUCCUUAGCGGUUACUACGCUUCCCGGGACACAAGCAACCAUUCUUGCGAUAGGAGGUACCGAUCGCAGCGUGCAAAUAUGGACUCGCUCUGAGACCCAGUUCGUGAACUCGGCUAUACUCUCUGGGCACGAAGAUUGGGUCAAGGCUUUGGCUUUCUGCCCUCCGAGGUCUGACGGCGAUCCUCUCAUUUUGGCGUCCGGGUCUCAGGAUGCAACGAUCCGUCUGUGGAACGUAGAGGCACUGACCUCAAAGUCGCCAGAGAGCCUGGUCAGCGAGAGAGGCGAGGUUAGCGAUGAACUGCUUGACGCAUUCGAGGCGUCUCUGGGCGAUUUAGGCGAAGGAGAGGAAGGAGGCCGUCAGAUUUCUAUGAAGCGGCAUGUCCUGACUGUCAGGACAGGCGAAAACAGUACACGACAGUUCUCCAUCACCUUCGAUGCGCUCCUCAUCGGUCACGAAGCCGGCGUGACCUCGCUCUCCUGGCGGCCCCCUCAACAAUCCAGCUCCAUCCCCACCCUCCUCUCGACCUCCACCGACUCCUCGCUCAUCCUCUGGUCUCCCUCAACUAUCAUCACCUCCGCCGUAGACGGUGCAUCACCUACUAGUAUCUGGAUCAACCGCCAGCGCUUCGGUGACAUUGGCGGCCAGCGGCUCGGCGGGUUCGUCGGCGGGCUCUGGACGCGCGGCGGUAUGGAGGCGUCGGCGUGGGGAUGGAGCGGCGGCUGGCGACGCUGGCGGUGCACUCCCGGUGGGGACACUGCCAUCCCCAGCGUGCAGAACGAGACGUGGGUGGAGGUGGGUGCGAUCAGUGGGCACAACGCACCUGUGCGAGGGCUCUCCUGGAGUCCUGGAGGGGAGUACCUAUUGUCUGCUAGCCUAGACCAGACGACCCGCAUACACGCGGGAAUACCUGUGUCCAGCGAGGGCCAGCCCGCAUCUGUAUCUUGGCAUGAAGUCGGACGGCCUCAGGUUCACGGCUAUGAUCUCGUGGGCGUUGCAGCGUUGGAUGCGUUGCGAUUCGUUAGCAUUGCAGAUGAGAAGGUCGCACGAGUCUUCGAAGCACCACGCGAAUUCAUACAGGUGCUGAACAACCUGGGAGCGGCGGAUUUGUCUGGAGGCACAGUAGAGAGACCUAGAGCUGCUACUGUCGCGCCCCUGCAACUCUCCAACAAGGCUGUGACAGAAGUCGGUUCCGAUCUGACGGAACAUACCAACUCAUACGACCUAAUUCAUUCGAAACGCAGACCUUUUGAGGGCGAACUCGCUGCUAUCACCCUUUGGCCCGAGAUCGAGAAGGUCUUCGGCCACGGUUACGAGUCCAUCAGCUCAGCCGUGUCUAAUUCCAAGAAGCUCUUCGCGUCAGCAUGCAAGGCGACCACACCAGAGCAUGCCGUCGUCCGAGUCUACGACACGGAGAGGUGGCAGCCCAUCGGCCAACCACUCGCCGGGCAUACGUUGACCGUCACGCGAAUAGUAUUCAGCCCCGACGACCGCUAUGUGCUGACAGUAUCGCGAGAUCGGGCGUGGCGUCUCUUCGUUAGGGAUGGCGACAACGGCUACUUGCCGGCCGCUGCCGACAGGUCUCAUGCUCGUAUCAUCUGGGAUUGUGCAUGGGCACCACAAGGUGACGUAUUUGCUACGGCUUCAAGAGACAAGACAGUGCGUAUAUGGCGACAGCAAGACACGAGCAAGCAUGAUAAAUGGACUGCUAUUGCUACGCUGACAACGGCAGAGGCGGCGACAGCCGUAGCGUUCGCGAGUUCUGAAUUCGGGGGCCGUGUCCAUAGGAGAAUACUCUUUGUAGGGCUCGAGUCCGGGGAGAUUUUUGUGUAUUCGAGUCCUAUCGACGACGCAACGCAAUGGAAACAACAGCUCACCCUCGACUCCCGGCUCGCUCAUGUAGAUCACAUCCACCAUCUUGCUUGUCGGCCGUCGGACGACCCAGCAACCAUCCAACUGGCGAGUUGUAGUGAAGAUAAUACAUUGAAGCUACUAUCUGUCCGCAUUGCGUAGUGGAGUGACGGCCACCCACAACACGUCGGGUAACCAAGGGAAAGCGCAGUAUACAGUAGACAAGCGGGUAUAUACCCAGAACUAGAUGUUAACGACACAACCUGGCUAGAUGUGGGGGGACGGUGAAGGGUAUGACACAGUGAAUGCGCAGUGCGACUCAUAAAUAGCAAACAAGCAGCAUGGGUGGACUUGAUAGCUUGGCCGGGAAAGCGAUAGGGAUACAACGAUGAUCGACGUCAAUUAAACAAUGUCGCGCAGACUCAUAGGAACUUCGGGCUGAAGAGGCGUCAUCAUAUGGCAGUAUCGUGACUAAGAGAUACUUACGCAUUUAA